GUCAUUAGACCCAAGAGUUCCACUGCGCAUGCGUAUACUGAAAUAAAGGCACCGGGGUUGUUUUAAGGCCUAAACUAAUCUUUUACUCAUUAGUGCUGUUCUUUCUACACGACUGCAGCCAUGAGAGUCCAGACUGACCGUCAUCAGCACAAUGAAGAUGGACAGAGAAGAUAAAGCAAUAUCAUUGGACCCCUAACAUGUUUUAUGGAUUGGUAAGAUGAGUAGAGUGAAUUGACUCAAACAAUUUUCACAAUGGCUCUCACCAACACCACCAUAACAUCAUGGAAAUUGCAGGAGAUCGUGGCUCACUCCAGCAAUGUGUCUUCACUGGUGUUGGGGAAAUCGUCUGGACGUUUGCUGGCCACUGGUGGCGAGGACUGCAGAGUCAAUAUCUGGGCUGUCAGCAAACCUAACUGCAUUAUGAGUUUGACAGGCCAUACCAGCCCUGUGGAGUGUAUCCAGUUCAACAGCUCUGAGGAACGAGUGGUGGCCGGGUCCCAGUCCGGCUCUCUGCGGCUUUGGGACUUGGAGGCAGCUAAAAUUUUGCGCACUCUGAUGGGACACAAGGCCAAUAUCUGCAGUCUGGAUUUUCAUCCCAUGGGAGAGUACCUGGCUUCCGGCUCUGUGGAUAGUAAUAUUAAGCUGUGGGAUGUGAGAAGGAAAGGAUGUGUGUUUAGAUAUAAGGGUCACACUCAGGCUGUGCGCUGUCUAGCUUUCAGCCCUGAUGGGAAAUGGCUUGCUUCAGCCAGUGAUGACAGCACAAUAAAGCUGUGGGAUCUCAUAGCAGGCAAGAUGAUCACUGAAUUCACAUCACACACAUCAGCGGUCAAUGUUGUGCAAUUCCACCCCAAUGAGUACCUGCUCGCAUCUGGGAGUGCAGAUCGGACUGUUAAGCUUUGGGACCUGGAGAAAUUCAACAAGAUUGGCUCGUCAGAGGGGGAGACAGGAGUUGUGAGAAGUAUAUUAUUUAAUCCUGAUGGUAGCUGCUUGUACAGUGGCUCUGAGAACACACUACGAGUAUAUGGUUGGGAACCAGACCGCUGCUUUGAUGUGGUGCAUGUAGGCUGGGGCAAAUUGGCUGACCUGGCCAUCAGCAACAACCAAAUGAUUGCAGUGUCCUACAGUCAAACUAAUGUGAGCUGGUAUGUUGUGGAUCUUAACCGAGUGAAGAAGUCUGGAUCUGUGAUCCAAGGGCUGAUUCAGGAUAAACCGAUCCCAACUCCCACAUCUGCACAAGGAACAACACUACGUAGAAAUUAUGAGCGACCCACUACAUCCUGUACCAGACAGGAGAUGAAGCAGAGUUCGGAAGCUGAUCGCCGGAGUCCAGAAGGAGAAAGGAGGAGUCCCAGCAGUGAGGAUGAGAAAGAAGACAAAGAGAGCAGUGCAGAAAUCACCAACCCAGAAGAUUAUAAAGAGAUCUUUCAGCCCCACAGCGUCAUCUCACGAACACCACCUAAAAAGACUGAACCUUUCCCCGCACCCCUAGAGCACUCUUUCUCAGAGAGUGUAUUGGAGAAGCCUGGCCCGGCAGUCAAGAUUGUAACCCCUGUAAUGGACCGAGCUGGACAGUUGAAAGCUCCCAUUACCUCCUCUACGCCAGUUCAAAGAGUGGAACCAACUGUGAUCGCUGCUGCUCCCCGCCCUGUCUCCGUGGUAACCACAGCUGUGGCCUCCCCCUCUCGUCCUGUUGUUACUACCACCAAACCUAAACCCACUACAGGAAUCAUCCUCUCAACGCGCAAUGAGCCCAUUGGACUCAAUGUAGGGGACUUCCUUUCGCAUGCGCGAAACAGUAAAGCCAGUGUGAUGGGAGAUGAAGAGGCGUUGGCACAGAUCAGGAAAGGGCAUGACACCAUGUGCGUAAUGCUGACCAGUCGAUAUAAAAACCUGGACACCGUACGCUCAGUCUGGGCCAGUGGUGAUGUCAAGACUUCCCUGGAUUCAGCUGUUUCUAUGAAUGAUCUUUCUAUUGUGGUGGACAUCCUUAACAUAAUCAACCUCAAACCAUCACUAUGGAAGUUGGACCUCUGCACUUCUAUACUGCCACAGAUUGAGGAACUCUUGCAGAGCAAGUAUGAAAGUUACGUGCAGACUGGUUGUAUGUCUUUGAAGUUGAUCCUGAAGCGUUUUUGGCCAUUAAUCUCUGACACGCUGACUGCUCCUCCAUCUGUAGGGGUGGACAUUACUCGAGAGGAGAGGCAUCAGAAAUGUAAAGCGUGCUAUAAGCAGCUGAAGAACCUCAGUAAUGUUGUGAAGAACCGGGCGGAGCUGGUUGGUCGUCAUGGCAGUACUUUUAAAGAGCUACAACUACUUAUGGCCCCACUGGACUACUGACACACACUCAAACAAUUGCACACAUUCCUGCUUAAUCUCCAAACCCAAAGCUCAGUCAGAAAGAAUCCAUAAGGGGCAAAGUACAGAGCUCCAUGACUGAACUUAAGUGGAUAAUUCACCUAGCACUUACAUAUAUGUGCACUCGCAGACAAGCACACUUUGGAGUGAAGUAUUUAUGUAGGUUUUUGGCUUUUUUUCAGAGGCUGGAAUUUAAUUUCUUUGUCUACAGUGUAUUUGUUUUUAAAUGCACACAAUGUUUUCAUAAACACUGUAAACAAAGCUUUUCAUAUAAAAUACAUUCUCAAAAGAAAUAUUCAUAAUUUGCAGUCUUUAAUUGACAUUUGUAGAUUUUAUUUAUACAACUUUGAUAUAAUGACUGAAAUCUUUUUGUACACUUUGUAUGCAUUAUUCCAUUUCUCAAUUUACCCUGAAUGUGCAUCACCUCCAAUCAGGGCUGUUUUCAGGAGGGGAAAAUUGGAAAAAGUGUCCACAGCCCCAUUUCAUUUAUAAGUAGCACGAAGAUACCGUAGGGUAUGUGUUAAACAGCUAAUUAAAUCCAGAAAGAAAAAACCAAACUAGUAUUUAAUGUAUUAAAUAAACAAUAAAAUAAUUAAAACAA